AACAGCUGUUUUCUGUUUUGUAGCAGAGAACGUAUAUUACUCUGUUUAUAGCCUAUUUGUUGUCAAAAAUCUUUUAGCACCGCCAAAAGCAAUUUCUGCCUAAAUAUUUUGCAAAAAUGAAAUUCCGCUUCUGUGGUGAUGGCGACUGUCCCGACUGGGUGUUGGCGGAGAUUAUAUCCACACUAUCCAUGCUGAGCGCUAAGAAUUUAGAGACUUUAGCUAGUUUGGUGGCCAAGAGAAUUGUCGGCGAACAGUUCGAGGAGAAUGCUAUUAAAGCCAUAACAGCUGAUUUGGCGAACGAUGGCAAAACUGCUGUUGCUUGUAUACAUUACUUGCUCAUCAAUGCUUCCCGUCAUGCUGUUAGUGAGGCGGUAUUCAGCGAAGAGAUUCAACAAUUGGGUUUACCUAAGGAGCAUGCUGCAUCAAUGUGUCGCGUCUUGGCGGCCAAUGUGACGCAAAUACGUCAACGCUUGCAGGACAAAGCAUUUAGAAUUAAUGAGCUCUCGUCAGUGCGUUAUAUUCCACCUACGCCAGAAAAGCCCGAUAACACGGUUGGUUGCGUCAAAUUCGAAUUAAAAAUCGCACAGGAGCUAAUUGAUGGGCUGCCAGAGGACACCACACAUGUGCUAAACAUUGAGCGGGCGAAUGUUGCGGCCUUACUUGAUGAGCUGAAGGAGGUGCGCUCUAUGUUGCAGCAAUAUAGUUGGCGGCAAAAGGACAAAACGGAUGUAUAAAAGUGAAACUAAUUUAUUGUGGACAUUUAUUUACACGGUAUUGAAUUAAAAAUGCAUUUUGUAGUAGUAAAGUACUUAGACGUACUAGUAAUUCUUCAGGGCAUAAGUUAAUAAUUAUUAGUUAGUAUGAAAACAAUUUAUAUCAUGAAAGCAUGAUAAGUAUUUAUACUCAUAAGUCUCGUUUACAAUUAGAAUAAAUGCUUUUGACAGAAAUUCCUGUUGGGAAAACUAAUAUUUCGCCAUAAUCGUAAUAUCGUAA